CUGUCUCUCCCCGUCUCUGCAACUCGGAGGUGAGAAGGGGGAGAGGAAGAGGCAGGCAGAGCCUAUAAAAAGUGGCCAUCUAAUUUGCUGCUGAUUAAUAUAUAUACAUACAUAUAUACAUACAUACAUACAUAGCGAAACACCUUCCCCUCGUACUCUGCCAGACCUCCCCUACUCCUCCUCCUCAUCAUCAUCUCAACCUCUGUCUCUCUCUGUCUCUCUUCCCCCGGCCGGCGCCGUUCUCUCCGCCGAUCAAAUGGUCACCGAGGAACAUAACGCGACAAGGGCGGUCUUAACGGCGCCGCUGACGUUGGACGGAGAUUCGGACGUCAAUUACGGGGCGCCCAAUCUGCUGCAACGCGUCCUCAGUGUCCUGAAGAGUGUACGGCCAGGAUCAGAUCUCACCCACUUCCAACUGCCCCCUACGUUCAACCUCCCGAAAUCACAGCUCCAGUGUUUCGGGGAAUCGGUUUUCUGCUUCGGGAAGGAUUACUUAAGCAAAUGCGCCAGUGCCGAGAGCCCCCUGGAUCGAUUGACAUCGGUCGUUGCAUGGAGCAUCUCUACUGCAGCCCGUCCAAUGGUCUUUGGCGUCGCUCCGUACAACCCGAUUCUUGGGGAGACCCACCACGUCUCCAGGGGCAAUCUUAAUGUUCUGCUCGAACAGGUUUCCCAUCACCCACCAGUCUCUGCUCUCCAUGCAACCGAUGAUCAAAAACAACUUGAGAUGAUUUGGUGUCAACAUCCUGUUCCCAAAUUUUUUGGCACUUCAGUAGAGACGGAGGUACAAGGAAAGAGGCAACUGAAGCUCCUAAAGUACGGGGAAACUUAUGUCAUGAACUCCCCCAAGCUGCUGAUCCGGUUCUUGCCCGUUCCCGGCGUCGAUUGGGUUGGCCACGUUCAGAUCACUUGCAAGGAAACGGGUCUCGAGGCUGAACUAUCUUACAAGUAUAGCAUAUUUGGCGGGAGGAACCAUAGAUUGAUCAAGGGCAAGAUCAUUGACUCGUCAUCUUCCAAGACAAUAUACGACAUCGAAGGGCAUUGGGACAGGACUGUCACGAUCAAGGACGUCAGCAGUGGGAAACUUCGGCUCAUCUACGAUGCGAAGGAAGCCAUUUCAGGGCUGAGUACUCCUUAUGUAGAGGAUCCAAAGGGCAUCUCAGAAAGAGAAUCGGCCGUGGUGUGGGGCGAGGUGAGCCGGGGGAUUCUGGGGAAGGAGUGGGAGAAGGCAAGGGAAGCAAAGAGAAGUGUUGAGCAGAGGCAGAGGGAGCUCCAAAAGGAGAGGGACUCAAGAGGAGAGAAAUGGGCUCCUAAGCACUUCACUGUGACUCACAGCAAGGAAGAUGGGUGGGAUUGCAGUCCCAUUGAAAGUCAGGUCCAUCCAGCUCCUAUAGCUGUUCCCUUGUGAAUACCGGAAAAAGAAAUCCGGAGAUUCGCUCUUCUCGUACAGAAUCUGACACAUUGGCCCGUAUAACCCUUAUGGCGAGAAACAGCAGGCCUUGCUUGCAGGUUACAGAUUCGUAAACGGUGGAUAUCAUACGGAUGUUAUGCUCUCGGUCGUGGGGAACGAUCAGCGAUGCAACAAAAUGCGUUAUUUUUCUUCACUUGAAGUUCUCCUAGUUUUUUCCUAUUAUGAUUUUAGCGUUUUAGGAUUUCUACUGAAGGAAUAUCAGCAGUAAAACACAUUCAUCAUUGAAUACAUGGAGUUUGCCUAGGACUA